GUCACAGUAUUUCACAAUGAAGCAACAGGACACAGAGAGACUUUCAGAGGGUGUGAAGCUGAAUCUGGUUGUGUGUGGGAGUGACGGCACAUUAAAAUCCUCCAUAUCAGAGCUGAUCCUGCAGCAGACAGACAGAAGAUCAGACGUGGAUCUUCAUGGACGUCAGAUCAGUCUGGUGGAUCUUCCAGCUCUGUUCAACACUCGUCUCUCAGAGGAGGAAGUGAUGCGUCAGACUCUUCACUGUGUGUCUCUCUGUCAUCCUGGAGUUCAUGUUUUCCUCCUCAUUAUUCCUGAUGCUCCACUCAAUAAUGAAGACAAAGCAGAAAUGGAGGAGAUCCAGAGGAUCUUCAGCUCCAGAAUCAACAAACACAUGAUGAUCCUCAUAAUGCAGAAUUCAGAGCAUCAGACAGAAGAACUCAAUGAAGAAACACAGUCUGUCAUUGAGAGAUUUGGAGGACGACAUCAUUUCUUUGGUCCCAACACACAAGUGUCCACAUUGAUGGAGAACAUUGAGAAUAUGCUGGAAGAAAACAGAGGAGAGUUUUACUCCACAGAGACAUUUCUGGAGGCACAGAUGGAAAAACUGAUGAAAUGUGAAGAGAUGAAGAAGAAAAUCGACUCACUAGAGACACAUUUACUGUCACAAGGUUCAAGAGAAAACACAGAUGAAGUGAGGAUUGUGCUGCUGGGAAAAACUGGAGUUGGGAAGAGUGCAACAGGAAACACAAUCUUAGGAAGAGACGCGUUUACAGCAGAAACAUCUCAAGAGUCAGUGACUAAAGAGAGUCAGAGAGAAUCAUCUGAAAUCAACGGCCGACACGUUACUGUGAUUGACACUCCAGGACUGUUUGAUACUGAACUGAGUAAUGAGGAGAUCCAGAGAGAAAUCAGACACUGCAUCCCCAUGAUCCUGCCUGGACCACAUGUGUUCAUCAUUGUGCUCAAUUUAGGACAACGAUUCACUCAAGAAGAAGCAACAUCAGUGAAGAUCAUCCAAGAGACGUUUGGAGAGAAAUCUUUAAUGUUCACCAUGGUGCUCUUCACCAGAGGAGAUUUCCUGAAGAACAAAACUAUUGAACAGUGUUUGGGAAAACCUGGAUCUGUGAUCAGAAACCUGAUUGAAGCGUGUGGAAACAGAUUCCAUGUGUUCAAUAAUAAUCAGACUGGAGACCGAACACAGGUGUCUGAUCUACUGGAGAAGAUAGACAACAUGGUGAGAGCGAACGGAGGGAGUUUCUACUCAUGUAAGAUGUUCAGAGAGAUGGAGAGAGAAAGACAAGAACAACAGAUGAAGAUCCUGAUGGACAGAGUCAGAGAAAGAGAAGAACUGAUGAAGAAACUGGAAGAGAAAGAGAAGAACUGA